AUGAAGAAUAGGGGGUUGGUCUAUAGAAGGGCGAGCGACAAGCUAUCGAUCACGCUCCUGAUCGACACCAAGGCAGCGAAGGUUUGUUUUGCCGAGGCUGGCAACGAUGUCGUCGAGUUCCUCUCCGGCCUCCUCUCGCUGCCGUUGGGCACAAUUGGCAACCUGCUCACAAAAGAGCGCAUGGCCGGCAGCGCCGGUAAUUUGCUUGCGAGCGUGCAGAUGCGGGAUGCCGACUACAUGGGCAAGGAGCAGCACCUGAGCCCGGCCGUCCCCUGGGCCACGCUUUGCCGCCUGGAGGAACUGCUAGGCGCCGAGGUGAGCAACUGCCACACCCGCUUCUACACCUGUGAAAAUAGGAAUACCGGCAGAAGCUGUGGAUUUCUCUCGGCCAGCAGUGACAGCGCCUGCCCCGCCUGCAAAGGUAGAAUGUUCGACCCUAUGCAUGUCAGGAGCGAGAAUGAGGAGGUCACGGCAGCUAGCAGGGCGUCUGUGUACACCAUCAAGGACUACCUCAUGGUGAGUCCGGCGCCAAGCUUGCUGUCAGGCAUCACCUUGUUUGCGCAUUGCGGCGUCACGGACCUCAGCGUGCUAGAGAAGAAGUCUGUCAAGAUCGGCAAGGAAGAGGCGUUGGGGAUACUCGCUGCUGCCCUCAAGUCCAAGACUGUCCUCACGGAUGUCUUCCUGCCAAAGAAGAAUGCACGCUGCAAGAGGGAACCUCCUGAGGAAGUCAUUUACAUGUGA